UGUGAGGAUGCUGAUGAGAGAUGCUCGGAUCUUCCGGCUCUCUUCCCUCACGCCUGCCGGUGCAGCGUGAGAUGCGCAUGUGACGACAAAAGCAAAAGCAGGACCCGGUUUCUCACUCACACUCAUUCCCUUUCUCUCAUUCUCUUUCUCUCUCUCUCUCACACACACACAUACUGGCAAUCAAGACACAAGGAAGAUCUCUUCCACAGACGACGUUAAUAGGCAUAUCAGACCUGAAUAAACCAGGUCUGUGCGGAUUUAACAGCACAGGGGUAAGUGUGUGUGAUGACGAGAGAGAGGUUGGCUGAUUAUCUCAUGCAAGACCCCGGACAGUUGCAUAGGUCCUCCCACUGAUGUCUGCCUAUUUAUACGGUCUGAAACGCUGCCGUGGGUCGUGAUAAGAGGACGCGACUGGGAGACAGAGAGACUCAUCACAACGCGAGCCGGCUCUGGCCCAGGCUGCAGCCAUGCCUCUUCUGGAAGAGACCACUCUGCCACAAGAGCACCCACCCACUGUCCCUGUGGUCAUCAUAGGCAAUGGACCAUCUGGAAUAUGUCUGUCAUACCUUCUCAGUGGAUACAAGCCCUACCUUGAUCCGGCAACUGUCCACCCAAACCCAAUACUGUACAGGAAACUCCAGGAGACCAAGCACCUCCCCAUCACAGAACAAGAUUUAGAAUAUUUGAGUGAAGGUCUCGAGGGGAGAUCAGGGAACCCAGUGGCUGUCCUUUUUGACUCACUGCUGCACCCCAAUGCUGACUUUGGCUAUGAGUUCCCCCCUGUCCUUCAGUGGAGGAGGGAAAAGCAGCAUCACAUCCCACAUCUGGUGCUUGGGAGGGCAACACCUGGGGGCGCUUGGCAUGCAAUGCAAGGAUCUAUGCUGACUAUCAGUCUUGGCAUCUGGAUGGAGCUACCUGGGGUAAACUACAGGGACUUGACCAAUGGGAAACGGAGGGAUGUAACCAGUGACAGAGCCACCCCAGAGGAGAUCUCAUCCUAUUACCGUAACUAUGUGAAGCUAAAGGGCCUCCAGACAAAUUUUGUGGACAACACAUAUGUGACCUGUGUCCAGAAACUCUGCCGAGGGCAUGAAGGGGAGGGUCUUGAAAAUGGGCACACUGAACAAGGAGAUGGAGGGGUGGGUGAUGGUGGCACUGAAGGCUUUGAAGGAAAUGGAGUUGAGUGUCUAAACAAUGGAGCAGGGGGUGCUCUUUGGGAAGUGAGGGGAUACCAACAGCUUCAGAACAACACUCAUGUCCCCUUCUCUGUGUUUGCUGAGAACGUAGUUCUGGCCACUGGUGCGUCUGAUUCACCAGUGCGAUUAGGUGUAGAGGGAGAGGACCUACCGUUUGUAUUCCACAGCAUCUCAGACCUGGGUUUGGCCGUGAGCCAAAGAAAACUGGAUAUAACGUCUGAUCCAAUUCUAGUUGUUGGUGCUGGUUUAAGCGCUGCAGAUGCAGUGCUGUGUGCUUGUAACAGCAACAUCAGAGUGUUGCAUGUCUUUCGUAAGAACCUAGACGACCCAGACCUCAUCUUCAAACAGCUGCCCAAAACCCUGUACCCAGAGUACCACAAAGUCUACAACAUGAUGUGCUCCCAGACCUACAUUAAUGUGCCCCCCUCCUCUGCUUCUAACAGACCCCUGACAGUGAGUAUUGCCUCUUCAGUAUGUGCCAAGAUGUGCCCAAAGCCCCAGCUUGCAGCAGGUAACAUGGCUGGUAAUUCCGGUGUCGGACUGUUUCCUGACUACACCAGUUUCCCCGAGCACUGUGUGGUGUCCUUCCAGUCUGACAUGAAGUGUUUGCUUCAGGGGAACAACUCCCUCAAAGCGUUCAAGAUCUCCAUGGCCCUGGUGCUCAUUGGGACCAACCCUAACUUGUUUUUCUUGAAGGGGCAUGGUCAGUACCUGAGUCAGGAUCCAACAAAACCAAUCAACUGCAAGCAGAACCCCAUCGACAUCCACCCCUACACUUUUGAGUGCACCAAGGAGUCAGGUCUGUUUGCCAUGGGCCCUCUUGUUGGAGACAACUUUGUUCGCUUUUUGAAGGGUGGAGCUUUAGGCAUUGCCUCCUGUCUGCUGAAGAGACUCAAGAAGAAAGGAAAGCUCAUCAGCAACGGUGGGAAUAACUUCAUUUGAAAACAUGGCAGAGAGAAGAGUCGUGCAUGCUGGGUAAAGCGCACAGAUUUCAAGCAUGCUUGCAAACAGAUGUAGGUGAAGGAAAAAACGAGAGGUCUAAUACCCUUGAUGAAGUGUUUUCUCAUCAGAGCUAAAACAUUUCGAAAACAUUUCCAAGACCAAAAAGACAGUGGAUGUACAGCAAAACAAGCUUUCAAGAGUCUUGUCUGACUUCAUUCGAAGUCCUGAGAAGUCUAAGCUACCAUGUGCCAAUGUUUUCAAGUCAAUCUGUAACCUCAUGACUUAUUGGGACCUUAUUUUCUCUUUUAUCAGGGUUAUUUAUUCGUUUACCAUGUGUCUUUCAAUCUACCUACCAACACCUCUUUAAUGGCUGCACUGGCUGUUGUGGAAUCCUCCAGCGUAGAGGCUACUACCGUCAUUCUCCAUGAAUCUCUUGCUAGAUGUGCAAACAGCAGAUACUAGCGAACCCCGCUUGUAAAAAGUUAUGAUCAUCUCAACUCAAAGUAACACAACCUCAAGUGGUGAAUGUUUGCGGUAGUGGACGCACACAAGUCUGGUGUGAGAAAAUAUGACCCAAGUCCACAGAGAAGCAAUCUAAAUGUUCCUGAUUAUCCUGAGCCUAACAGUUUUGUUGUUUUAACUUCAGAGGAUUCUUUUUAGCUGCUAGUGUAGGUAGUUUGAGCCAUAUAACUUAAAGUUAGACGAGUCUAAUGCAUAUAACCUGUUGCUUAGGUGUAGUACAACUGAAAGGCUUUCUAUGCAAUUCAAAUACAGAUCUGAAUGUUUUCUUUGACACCCACUACUUAUUUCUUGUUUUGAGUUAAGUGUCAUUAAAAAAAUCCUAAUUAUGAUAUGA